CGAUGGCUCUGCAGUGACGUCAUAAAGAUGCGCCACAUUGUCAUGCUGCUACAUUGAAGAAAGUGAGAGACUGAGCUGAUGGAGGCAACAUUGGUGUGCAUUGACAUCCCUGUCUGCAUUCUGUGAUGGAAAAGGCUCCAUCUGGGAUGAGCUUGACGAGUGUAUCCAGCAUUUAGAGACUGGCCUACUGAAGCCUCAUCAAGGUAACUCUGAAGAAAGUACAGCUGAACUCUGCAUUGAAAUGGAAGCAAACGCACCUUCCACGUUCAGUUUCAAUUUUGAAAUUCCUGCUGAAGAUGAGGACAUAUCAAAAAAAGAAACUAACGCUAAUUUACCUGGGGAUAUAAAGACUGACGAAAGCUCAGGAGCUGCAGAUGCGGCUGCUGGAGAUCAGAACAAAGGAAGUGAGAUUGAAUCACAGCCCUCAAAGAAGAAAAAGAAAAAGAAGAAAGAAAAGCCAAAGCGGGAAGAUGGCAGCAGGGAGCAGAGUGUGCAGUCACAAGCGUCUGAUGAGCAGACGGUGCAGCUGAACUCAACUGAGCAGCUGAGUCGCGAGUUAGACUGGUGCAUUGAACAACUGGAACUUGGACUGAAGACUCAGAAAUCCACGGCAAAGCAAGUGGAGGAAGCUACACGAGCACUGAAGACCCUGCAUAGCAAUAAGGCUCCACUGGUGAAGAAGAGGCAGGUCAUGAGGAACAUGCUGGGAGACUACAGGAAGAAGAUGGACGACGAAAGACAAAAGCAACUGAGGAUCAUGCAGGCAGCUGCAAAGUCCACCCAAAUAACUGCUGUCAGCAAACAGAAAAACAGUCAGGUGUUUUGCACAAUGGCACAGAGGAAGAGAGUGACGGGCACCAACAAGUCAUUAGAGCCAGAAGCUCAGAAUCCGAGCACCCAGACGUUUGUCUUCACCCCAGUUCAAGAGGAGUUUCGGUUUAACUUUUUUUAACUAGAGGUAGGAUUGCAUUGUGAACUAAUGGAUCCUUUUACACUGGGACAGUUUUUAUAAUUUGCUACAUUAUCUCUUGUAUAUUUUCUUUGGCAGGAUGUGUGUCACUGUUUGAUCACAUUAAACAAUAAAAAUGUGUUUUUUGGUUAAAAAAAGGCACUUUAACCUCUAGGGUUCUUUUUAUAGUGGUAGACAAGUUAAUGAUGGAACUGGCUAAAUUGUUAGUCUUCAUUUACAUGUACACCAUACUUAGCUAGAUGUUAUGUUCACUCGUCACUCACAUUUCAAAUACCAAUGACUCAGCAGGUUCCGGACAGACGCCGCUGUCCUUCCGCUCUCUUAUUGUUACCCCUGAAAAGCCUGCCCAAGCCAAACCUGAGGUCUUUCCUGACCUGUUUUUUGUAAAGAGUCAGUCCAAAUCAUGAUGUGAUGCUUAUGUCUUAAAUAAAUUUAUUGUUUACAAAAAUUA